AUGAUGUUGCAAAAAUUAAAUAAAUCAAAUACAAAACCUCGCACCAUAGUCUCAACGUCGUCGUCUGGAUUGCCAGAAUGGAAACAGUCACCUGUGGAUUUAAACAAAAUUUACACGUGGUCGAAAACAUUCCCACCUUUGAGACUCAACGGUCAUUGGCACAAGGGUGGCUUGGCGACGAUGACCAACACUGGUCACACCGGUAAACCCAUGAUGAUGAUAUUCGCUGAAGACGCUAAAGAUUUAUAUAAUUUUCGAUUGCAGUACUCCAUGGAGGCUCAAGCAAUCCACUGGAACACCCGGUACGAAUCGAUCGAACAAUGUUACGAAAAAUCCGAUGGAAUAGCUGUACUAUCAUACCUCCUCCAAUUUUUCACGCAUUCUAUUAUUUUAAUACGAAAGGUUGUAGGCUGUCCAGACACACCAGACAAUCCCAAUCUCUCUGACAUAACUAACAGUCUACCAAAAAUCAGAAACCCUGGAACUUCGACAUCAAUACCUUCCGGUAAUUACCCAGCAACGUAA